AUGCUUUCCCAUCAACUGUUCUCUAAAAAGCCAGUACAUUCAAAUCAAACUCAUAGUAUUAAUGGUGAAUUGUAUACUUUGCUAAGUCGAAUAGGCCACGGAUCGUAUGGAUCUGUAUGGAAAUCUGUAACACCAAAGGGUAAAUAUUAUGCUGUGAAAGUGUUUGAAUUCAAUCAUGCACAAAAUCCUCUUGCUUCGGAUGAUCGACUGAGCUCUUUUAAAACUGAAGUUAAAAUGGGUAAAAAACUUCAUGAUGAAACCGAGCACGUUGUAACAAUGUGCGGGUAUGAAUAUAGUCCACGAUACGGGGUGGGUUUUAUUGCAAUGGAAUUGGGCAGCGAAUCAUUAGUUGAUCGAGUUAGAAAUCUUCAUCAAACACAUUCAAAAUCGCCGAUGUUCGAUUACUAUGAUUACAUUUCGCUAAGAGAUCAACAGAAUAUAUGGUGUCAAUUAGUCAAUAUCAUUCUUGCUCUUCACCAGUAUGGCGUAAUCCACCGUGAUCUCAAACCAGCGAACCUAUUGUUUUUCGGACCUACCUUGAAAGUGAUUGAUUUUGGUAUGGCGCAAGACGAAUUUGUAGGAUUUAGUCCACAUCAGAGAAUAGGCGGUACUCGUCCUUACAGUGCACCCGAAUGUUUCACAGGUCAAGCGCUAAUCACUCCAAAAGCCGAUGUAUGGUCCGUGGGUGCCAUUUUAUAUUAUCUAACUUAUGGCAAAGCACCGGUAUUCGAAAGCCCACGGCCACCGUUCGGCGUUUUACCUACUCGCUCUCGCCACAUUCAGGAGAUUCUUGAACAUUGCCUUCGACCAGUUGCGUCUCGACGGCCAGAUCAUCAAUCACUUGCUCAACAUCCUUUCACAAGACCUUUUAAGAGAUACUUAAAGUGA